AGGGAUUUUCAGAGGGCGUCGGAUUUAUAUUUCAAGAGAUUUCUCAUAUUAACGGAGCUGGGUGUUAAAUGUUGUGGCGGACCAAAACCCUUUUCUCUAUCAACUCAGUGUUCUGAUGCUGUACUUCUGUAUGCUGUGUCAUGUGUGCCGGUAUCGAACCCAAUAUUUCGGGAUAUACAAGCGACUAUUCAAUAGCGAUCACUAAACCCUACCGUAUAUAGAAGAAGAAAGGAAGAAGUUUUUAUGACGAGCCAAAAAAAGAAAAGUUUUGCAAGGGUAUUACAUUUUGAAAUUAUAACGACACACUGAUACUGGGGAUUGGGAGACAAACAAAGAAACCCUAGGCUCUAUUUACUGAUGGAUUCUUGCUGAAAUCUUUGAAAUAAUUGUGUUUUGAGUUGAGUUUUGAGGUGGGGUGUGUUCCUUAUUAAUGAAUGAUGAGUAAUAGUGGCACUAAUAGGCCCUGUGGGGAUCGGGGUGAUGAUGUAUUGGACUACUUGAAACGAAUGCAGGCGGAGAAUCCUGCAUUCUGUUAUGCUGUUCAGGAUGAGAAUCUAUUCUGGGUUGACCCUGUUUCCAGAAUUAAUUAUACCCAUUUUGGAGAUACUGUGAGAUUUGAUACUACAUUUAGGAGCCAACAUGUUGAUUUACCGUUUGUAACGUUUACUGGAUUAAAUCAUCAUGGCCAGCCUGUAUUGUUUGGAUGUGGAUUGCUUUUUGAUGAGUCUGAGGCUUCGUUGAUUUGGGUAUUGCAGACUUGGCUACAGGCCAUGUCUGGACAAGCUCCGAUUUCUAUCACAACUGAUCCGGAUAGGUUGAUACAGUUGGCUGUAGCACAUGUUUUUCCGGGAAGUCGUCAGCGGUUUUGCAAGUGGUGCAUCUUGAAAGAAACGCAAGAGAAAUUGACUCAUAUUUAUCAGACUCAUUUAAGUUUCGAAGCGGACUUUAGGAAGUGCAUUAAUAACACAGAGACAAUUGAAGAAUUUGAGUCGUGUUGGCAGUCGCUUUUAGAUAGAUACUAUCUUAUGGAUAAUGAAUGGCUUCAGUCUAUGUAUGGUGCUCGUCAUCAAUGGGUUCCAGUCUACAUGAGGGACACGUUCUUUGGAGAAUUGUGUACAUCAGAGAGUAGUGAUGCUAUAAGCUCGUUCUUUAAUGGGUAUAUAGAUGCAGCUACCACCAUUCAGGCCUUAAUUACGCAGUAUGAGAAAGCUGUAGCGAUUUGGCAUGAAAAGGAAAUGAAGGCAGACCAUGAUACCAUGAAUACUAUACCAAUUCUCAAAACACCGUCUCCUAUGGAAAAACAAGCCGCAAAUCUUUAUACGAGGAAACUUUUCCUAAAGUUCCAGGAUCAACUGGUGGAAACUAUGGCCUAUCCUUCAACCAAAGUUAAGGAAUCAGGAGCCGUCACCCUAUAUCGAGUAGCAAAAUUUGAGGAAGACCAGAAAGCGCACACUGUAACAUUUAAUAGCUACGAAAUGAAAGCUAACUGCAGCUGCCAAAUGUUUGAGUAUUCUGGCAUUAUUUGUAGACAUAUAUUGUCAGUUUUUAGAGCAAAAAAUGUGCUUACACUUCCUUCUCAAUAUAUAAUGACAAGAUGGACAAGAAAUGCAAAGAGUGGACAAUCUGUUAGUGAAAUAUCUCCACAAUUGCCAACCGAUGCAGAAGAUCCCUUAGUUGUUCGCUGCAAUAAUCUCCGCCAAGAAGCAAUGAAGUUUGUUGAAGAAGGGGCCAAAUCUAUACAUAUUUAUAAUGCAGCAAUGGAUGCUUUGCAAGAAGCUUCAAAGAAGGUUGCCACUGCCAAGAACAAAAAGUUUGUAACUACAGAUGGAGACAGUUUGGCAAAUGGUGGUAACCAGCACGCAUGUGGUGAACAUCAAAUGACGCGGCAUCAGUCCAUGGUUGAGAAGCAAAAGAAAAUUUCUGAAUUGACUGCUGAGUUGGAUAAUACAAAUCAGCGAUGCGAAGUUUAUCGUGCAAAUCUACUUGCAGUAUUGAGAGAUAUGGAGGACCAAAAGCUAAAGCUAUCUGUUAAAGUUCAGAAUGUAAGGCUAAGCCUAAAAGAUUAGACGUGGAUAGCUACACAGAAAUGGUCAUCUUUAUCAUCUUGCCUGCUUGUAUAAAGGUAAACCUGUUAGAUUUUUGAGCAUCUGGUAAACUUUAGGAGACUUAGAAUUGUAACUUGGAGUUUUUGAUAAACAUUAGGAGACUUGGAAUUGUAUUUGGUAAACAUCGGGAGACUUAGUUUGAUAUCAGAAGUUUCUGUGUGUCAAGUCUUAAA